AACACAGGAGAUUCGGCCAACUCCGCCGGUCAAAUUCAUCUUCACGGUCACAUGGAUGCGAAUAUCUUUUCCCGCGCGUGUGGCACAUUGCUGCUGCCAGUGUUCACUUGUCGUUUCUCUUCUUCACCUUUGCUUUCUCGGGCCCAUAAAACCCUUCCGAUUCUUUCGACGGCCGAAGUCUUUGGAUCAUGUUAUCGCGUCCUGGACCUGCUCUGAGGCUCGCGGCGGCACUCGCAAAGGGUACUGGGAUAUCACGUCAUGGUGUAGCGUUAUGCCGUGGAUCUAUAAUAACCGCGGGUCGGGGGCACUUCCGUGCUGCAUUAUUCCAUUCGUCGAGAUAUGCUCUAGGCAUCGAAACCGUGAAAGUUCCUAACGUCGCGGAGUCCAUCACGGAAGGUACCCUCAAGGCAUGGACGAAGAAGGUAGGCGAGUACGUCGAGGCCGAUGAGGAAGUGGCAACGAUCGAGACGGACAAAGUGGACGUCUCUGUCAACGCCCCUUUCGCUGGAAAAAUUGUCGAACUGUUCGCAAACGAAGAAGAUACCGUUGCUGUAGGGGCUGAUCUUUUCCGAAUUGAAGAAGGUGCUGAGGGUGAACCCUCGUCUGCACCGAAAGAAACGGAGGAGAAGGAGGAGCAGCCCAAGGAGGGGUCAGCGGCCCCACCACCCUCCAAGGAGGACAGCAAACCUGAAAAGAAGGAAUCUGCACCUCCCCCGCCUCCUCAACCAAAGGCAGAAUCGAAGCCUGCACCAGCCCCCAAACAGGAAAUUAAGCCCCUUGAUGUCCGCCCGGCAACUGGAGCGCCUACUACUGGCCCCGGCAGUCGCAAUGAGACUCGUGUCAAAAUGAACCGCAUGCGUUUGCGCAUUGCUGAGCGCUUGAAGGAAUCACAAAAUGCUGCCGCGUUCUUGACAACGUUCAAUGAGAUCGACAUGACGUCGCUCAAGGAGUUCCGCUCGCUAUAUAAGGAUGAGGUACUCAAAAAUUCGGGCGUUAAGCUUGGUUAUAUGUCGGCGUUUGCCAAAGCCAGUUCGUUGGCGCUCAAAGAGAUCCCCUCCGCCAAUGCGUAUAUUGAAGCCGACCAAAUUGUAUACCAUGAUUACGUGGACUUAAGCGUUGCAGUUGCGACUCCUAAGGGGCUGGUGACACCGGUGGUCAGGAAUUUGGAAUCGAUGAACUUCGUAGAGAUCGAGCAAGCGAUUUCAAAUUUGGGAAAGAAGGCCCGUGAUGGGCUACUUUCGUUAGAAGACAUGGCUGGUGGAACGUUUACCAUCUCUAAUGGGGGUGUGUUUGGGAGUUUGUACGGUACCCCAAUUAUCAACUUGCCUCAGUCGGCUGUUCUUGGCAUGCAUGCUAUUGUGGAUCGACCCGUCGCUGUGAAUGGGAAGGUGGAAAUUCGACCUAUCAUGGUGGUGGCGCUGACGUAUGACCAUCGACUGUUGGAUGGGAGAGAGGCUGUGACGUUCCUUGUGCGUGUGAAGCAGUACAUCGAAGACCCGCGGAAGAUGUUACUGGUUUCAUAGAAUAGGGUUUG